AUGAACAGAAUUUAUAAUCAUUCCAAUAAAUUAUAUUUUGGAUUUAGUAAAAUCUUCAAGAGAAGAUACAGCUUAAGCGAAACAAUAAGUGAUGUUGCAGAUACAACGAAAAGAAUAUGUAAAAUCAUGAUGUCUUCGUCAGCCGUCACGCUUGAUACUGCCCUUAGUCAAAGUGGGGUUAGGGUUUCAGAACAAGUAGUGGAGGAUGUCCUUAAGAAAUUUGAAAAUGCUGGCAUGGUGGCGUAUCGUUUCUUUGAAUGGGCGGAGAAACAACGGCAUUAUACGCAUAGCGUUAGGGCUUACCAUACUAUGAUAGAAUCUCUAGCUAAGAUAAGACAGUAUCAGUUAAUGUGGGAUGUUGUGAAGGCUAUGAAGAGUAAGAGGAUGGUGAAUGUUGAGACGUUUUGUAUUAUCAUGAGAAAGUAUACGAGAGCUCAGAAGGUGGAGGAGGCUGUUUACACGUUUAAUAUCAUGGAUAAGUAUGAUGUGCCUCCGAAUUUGGCAGCAUUUAAUGGGUUGCUUAGUGCUUUAUGUAAGUCUAAGAAUGUGAGGAAGGCUCAGGAGAUCUUUGACAGCAUGAAGGACCGGUUUCUUCCGGACUCAAAAACUUAUAGUAUAUUGCUUGAAGGAUGGGGAAAGGCUCCAAAUCUGCCUAAAGCGAGGGAAAUUUUCAGAGAAAUGGUUGAAAAUGAUUGUAGACCUGAUAUUGUGACUUAUGGUAUCAUGGUACAUGUCCUUUGCAAGGCUGGGCGGGUUGAUGAAGCCCUUGGAAUUGUCAAUGAAAUGGACUCUGAGGAUUGUAAGCCAACUCCUUUCAUUUAUAGUGUUUUGGUUCAUACAUAUGGAAUAGAGAAUCGGAUUGAGGAUGCUGUCCGUACCUUCCUAGAGAUGGAAAAUAAUGGAAUUGAGGCUGAUGUUGCAGUUUAUAAUGCUUUGAUUGGUGCUUUUGGUAAAGUGAACAGGCUUAAAAACAUUUAUAGAGUCUUAAAUGAGAUGGAUUGCAAGGGUGUGAUGCCUAAUUCAAGGACCUUCAAUAUCAUUCUGAGCAGUUUGAUUGGCCGAGGAGAGACUGAUGAGGCUUAUAGGGUAUUUCGCAGGAUGAUCAAGGUAUGCGAGCCAGAUGCAGACACAUAUACUAUGAUGAUAAAAAUGUUCUGUGAGAGGGAUGAGCUAGAAAGGGCGCUUAAAGUGUGGAAGUACAUGAAGUUGAAGCGUUUUAUGCCGGGCAUGCACACUUUUCAAGUUCUUAUAAAUGGACUCUGUGAGAAGCGUGAUGUCACUCAGGCUUGUGUCUUAUUGGAAGAGAUGAUAGAAAAGGGAAUACGGCCUUCGAGUGUGACAUUUGGAAGGUUAAGACAAUUGCUUAUAAAAGAAGGAAGAGAAGAUGUACUAAGAUUUCUUCAGGAGAAAAUAAAUGCCCUCGUCAAUGACCCUUUAUGGGAUCGGUAA